AUGGGUUCUCUGACCUUGUUUAUUGUAUUUUUGGAAACAUGUGGAUCCACAGUGGUGGCUGACCCCCGGCCUAAUAUUUUAAUACUACUGGUAGAUGAUCUUGGGAUUGGUGACGUAGGAUGCUUUGGCAAUGACACAAUCAGGACUCCGAAUAUAGACAGACUGUCAAAAGAAGGUGUGAAACUUACCCAGCACAUUUCUGCAGCACCCCUAUGCUCUCCAAGCAGAGCUGCUUUUCUCACAGGCCGAUACCCUAUCCGAUCAGGUAUGGCUUCUAAUCAUUUACUUGGCCACUACCGUGUCAUCUCUGGUCUUGGUGUCCCUGGAGGGCUCCCCAGAAAUGAAUCCACAUUCGCAUCUAUCUUGAAGAAAAAAGGGUACAAGACUGGACUGAUAGGAAAAUGGCAUCAGGGGUUAAACUGUAAAUCCCGUGAUGACCACUGCCAUCACCCUUUCCACUAUGGAUUUGACUAUUACUAUGGAAUGCCGUACACUCUUAUCUCUCCUUGUUGGCCAGACCCCUCAAGGAAGACAGAGUUGGGUAUCAACAAUAAACUCUGGAUCUGCACACAGCUGCUGGGGGUGAUGGUGUUCACCCUUAUCCUGGGGAAGGUGUCUGGGUGGGUCUCAGUCCCCUGGUCACUGAUCGUCGCCAUAGCCAUGUUCGGUGUGCUGUUGGCUUACUCCUGGCUCUUGAGUUACUCAUCUGAUUUUUACUGGAACUGCAUCCUCAUGAGAGCUCAUGAGAUCACUGAGCAGCCCAUGAAGGCAGAAAGAGCUGGAACGAUCAUGGUGAAGGAGGGGAUCUCAUUUAUUCAGAGAAACCGCCAUGGCCCUUUCCUCCUCUUUUUCUCCUUUCUCCAUGUCCACAUACCUCUCCCCACCACGGAUAAGUUCAUUGGCACAAGCAAGCACGGCUUAUACAGGGACAACGUUCAGGAGAUGGACUUCAUGGUUGGUGGGAAAGGAAUGGGAGGUUGGGAAGGUGGCAUCCGUGUCCCAGGAAUUAUCCGAUGGCCAGAAGUGUUACAAGCUGGAAAAGUGAUCCACGAGCCCACAAGUCUGAUGGACAUUUAUCCAACGCUCAUAUUGCUUGGAGGGGCAGCGCUGCCUCGGGACAGGGUGAUUGAUGGCCGAGACCUCAUGCCCUUGUUGAAGGGGGAUGUCCAACACUCGGAUCAUGAGUUCCUCUUCCACUACUGUGGGGUGUAUCUCCACGCCGUGCGUUGGCACCAGAAGGACAGUGGCACGAUUUGGAAGGUUCAUUAUGUGACACCUAUAUUUAACCCAAAAGGGGCUCAAGCCUGCUAUGAAAGCCAGUUCUGCACGUGCACAGGGAAAAAUGUCACACAUCAUGACCCUCCUCUGCUCUUCGAUCUCUCCAGAGACCCCUCUGAGGCCACCCCACUUUCCAGGGAUACUGAGCCCCUCUAUGAUUUGGUGAUAACAAAAGUGGGAGAGGCCUUGCGACAGCAUCGACAGACCAUCACUCCAGUCCCACAGCAGCUGUCUGAUUAUAACAACAACAGUUUAUGGAUGGAACCCUGCUGUGGAGUGUUUCCAUUCUGCCUCUGUGACAGGGAGGGUGGGAACGAGGAACUCAACUCUUAA